AUGAAAUCCUCUUCAAUUUUUCUUUCAUUGAGUCUCCUUCUUACUGCUGUUGCUUCGUCUUCAGCAGCUCCUUUUUCUCAACCAAAUUAUGGUGAUUCAUUACUUAAAAGACAUCAAAAAAGUACUGGAAAUCAUAAAAAUGGUCAUAAAAAUGAUCAUAAAAAUCAUCAAAAUCAGGGUUGGAAUUUGGGUACAGCACAACAACUAGUUAGUCCGAUUUUUAAAAGAGACGAUGGUAAUCAUAAUGGUGAUGGUAGUGUUUGGAACACGGGUGUAGCAGAACCAAUUCGUAAUCCACCAAAUAAUAGAUCACAUAGUCGGCGUGAUGAAGUUCCAGCUAAUACUUCUGGCCCAA